AUGCCCGACGUUCCCCCCGAAAUAAAUCCCCGUUCAUCAUCGAAAAUUGAGCCUGCCGAAGCUCCUUCACUGAGCGUUACUGACCGGAGUCGUAGCGCUAAGUGUAGUCCUUUGCUUCGCAGACGCAGGCCAGCGUUGAAUCAUUGUUCUCCCAAAGGCAGACUUCGACUUAUUCAAUUUCUUCAGAAUCUUGGUUUGGAUAACGCGCUUCACAGCCUGUCUGAUGAGUGCACUCUUGAGGAUAUUUUACACACACCCUGCGAUGCAUUGCGAUCGAUGCUCACAGACGGUUUGAGUGGAGCCGAAAUUGAUCAUUUGGUGGCAUCCCUGCAGAAGUAUGAACGUGAAAAAGGUUCUCGAAGCCCCGCUCCAACUUACCGAAGCCGCAGGUACUCGGACUUUUCGUUAGUAAAUCGGAGUCUUAGUUCAAGCCUUAGUGAGAGUCCUGUUGUGCGGUGCAGUAACGUAAUUCUUAGUGAAGGUGAACAGCAAAUGGGUGGUGGAGAGAAGGAAGAGAAUGCUGGUGGUGCCUCAAUCCCUACCUCCACACAUUCUGAGAGUGCACAGUUCCCAACACCCAAACUCCUUUCCAACAUGAUUGAUCAGGCUCCUAUCCUCCAACGGACAUCUUCGCUUGGUGUGGGUGACUCCUGCCGUGUUUCGAGAUUUCGGCCUGCUUCACUCUCGGUUACGGUUCCCAGUCCUUCCCACUUUCUCUCCUCGAUGGAAGUCGUGGGUAAUCCGGUUGUUGGUGGUCGCUCAUCCCCAGCUCCAAUUCUGGCCACCGGGACUAGUAAUUCACUCUUCUCCGUUUCUCCACAGUGCUCUUUUUUUGACAAGCAUCGAAGGCGUUCCGGAGAUAGAGCAUGUGGGCUUCAAGUUGGUGGCGGCGGCGGUGGUGGUAUGGGUUGUGUUUGGGAUGCAGCAGCGUCUUCCACAGCAACCUCGUCACUUUCUCACAGGUCUUCACUUCUUUUGGUACCUCCAGCCUAUCAAGCCCAACUGAGCAACCCACUGUCUACCGCUAGUCCAGGAUCGAGCGCUUAUCCUCAAUUUACUAGCCACUCAAUAGGAAGUAAUCUUCUCAGAAUGCGCCAGGGUUAUGUGGGUCAAUCCGCUCCUAAUCUCUUCUCCAGCUGCCGUGAUUAUAGCUUCGGUAAUUGUUCCCCAGCUGCAAAUGUCUUCGUUCCUGGUCUCCGGGACCGAAUCGGUGCUGGUCCUGGCGCUGCUCCUACAACCCCCGCCUCUGCCUCCUCUUAUUCGUCUGUGCAGCGUCUCAAGGCCCUCUGCGCGUCUCCACGCCGUCGCCUAUAUCAAACACGUUCUCGCUUCCUCAGUGGCGGUGAGUCGUCAACCUCUGCUGCUACAGUGCCAACGACAAUCUCCUCCGUGGCUCCCGUGGAACUAAGCCCAGUGCGUCCGGUGACCGUCCCUUCUCGUUUUGGUUCGGUUUUCUCGGCGGGGCCUGCUAGUCCCAACCCUCGUUUUGCGGCACCAACCACACGACAACCAACCACCACAACGGAAACCUCAUCUCUUGUCACAGCCAUGGGUGAACUGCGGGUGAUACCUGGAGAGGAGGCUGCCGCUUCACGCCAACAGCAACAACCACCAACAAUUGGGGUCGCCGCGCCCGUCACCAUGGAGCGAUCAAAACUAUGUCGAGGAGGUAGUGGGAGCACUGGUGGUAGUGGUGUCUGCAGUCAAUGUGGCACCCCUCUUUCCGAAACGAUGCCUCCACCACGUCACCCACCACAUAACCUCCCUGCUCAUCUCCGCUUAGAGUCUCUUCAGCUGUCGGAAAAUCGGAGGUGGUCACUUGCUUCACUGCCUUCUUCAGGCUACGGAACCAAUACACCCGGCAGCAGCAAUGUUUCAGUAUGGCUUGAGGUGGUACUUCCGGUCAUCGACUUCACGUCGUGCUUCAACCGCAAGACAGAAAGCGAGCAGUACCUCUAUUGA